AUGCAUGUACACCACCCGAGGCCGGGGCUGGCCCGCGGGGAGGGGGUACGGGGCUGCAGCCCGGGACGGCGCCAGCCGCUCCAGCCGCAGUUCAAAGCGCAGGGGGCGCGUCCGCUGCGCAGCCGGGAAUGCAGCCUUUCAGACGAGGGUGACUAUGAGUGUGUGGCUCAGAACCGCUUUGGGCUGGUGGUCAGCCGGAAGGCUCGCAUCCAGGCUGCAACCAUGUCGGACUUCCACGUGCAUCCCCAGGCCACCGUGGGCGAGGAGGGUGGUGUGGCCCGUUUCCAGUGCCAAAUCCAUGGGCUUCCCAAACCCCUGAUCACAUGGGAGAAGAACAGAGUCCCCAUUGACACGGACAAUGAGAGGUACACGUUGCUGCCCAAGGGGGUCCUGCAGAUCACAGGCCUUCGGGCUGAGGACAGCGGUGUCUUCUACUGCGUGGCCUCAAACAUUGCCAGUGUCCGGGUCAGCCACGGGGCCAGACUCACCGUGUCGGGCUCGGGCUCCAGGGCAUACAAGGAGCCGACGAUCCUCGUGGGGCCUGAGAACCUCACCCUGACGGUGCACCAGACCGCCGUGCUGGAGUGUGUCGCCACGGGCAACCCGCGCCCCAUUGUGUCCUGGAGCCGCCUGGAUGGCCGCCCCAUUGGGGUGGAGGGCAUCCAGGUGCUGGGCACGGGGAACCUCAUCAUCUCAGAUGUGACUGUGCAGCACUCAGGUGUCUACGUCUGUGCCGCCAACAGGCCCGGCACCCGGGUGAGGAGAACGGCUCAGGGCCGGCUGGUCGUGCAAGCCCCAGCAGAGUUUGUCCAGCACCCCCAGUCCAUCUCCAGGCCCGCUGGGACCACAGCCAUGUUCACCUGCCAAGCCCAGGGUGAGCCACCCCCUCAUGUCACGUGGUUGAAGAAUGGACAGGUGCUGGAGCCAGGAGGCCACGUCAGGCUCAAGAAUAACAACAGCACCCUGACCAUUUCUGGAAUCGGCCCUGAAGAUGAGGCCAUCUACCAGUGCGUGGCUGAGAACAGUGCUGGCUCCUCGCAGGCCAGCGCCAGGCUGACCGUGCUGUGGGCCGAGGGGCUGCCUGGGCCCCCACUCAAUGUGCGGGCGGUCUCCGUGUCGUCCACUGAGGUCCGCGUGUCCUGGGAUGAGCCCCUGGUCAACACCAAGGAGAUCAUCGGCUACGUCCUGCACAUCAGGAAGGCCGCCGACCCCCCGGAGCUGGAGUAUCAGGAGGCAGUUAGCAAGAGCACCUUUCACCACCUGGUGAGCGACCUGGAGCCCUCCACUGCCUACAGCUUCUACAUCAAGGCCUACACACCAAGGGGGCCCAGCUCAGCCUCUGCCCCCACGCUGGCCAGCACCCGGGGUGAAGCCCCCGCCCCACCCCCGUUGUCUGUGCGGGUCCUCGGCGGCUCCUCCCUGCAGCUGCUGUGGGAGCCCUGGCCCCGGCUGGGCCAGCACGAGGGCGGCUUCAAGUUGUUCUACCGCGCAGCAAACAAGGCUUCCUUCACCGGCCCCAUCCUGCUGCCUGGAACUGUCUCCUCCUACAACCUCAGCCGGCUCGACCCCACUGCAGUGUAUGAGGUGAAGCUGCUCGCUUACAACCAGCAUGGGGAUGGCAAUGCAACAGUCCGCUUCGUGUCUUUGAGGGGAGCGUCUGAGAGGACAGCCCUGAGCCCACCAUGUGACUGUCGGAAGGAGGAAGCCACCAACCAGACGUCCACUAUGGGCAUCGUCAUUGGCAUCCACAUUGGGGUCACUUGCAUCAUCUUCUGUGUCCUGUUCCUCCUGUUUGGCCAAAGGGGCAGGGUCCUCUUGUGUAAGGAUGUGGAAAACCAGCUCUCCCCUCCUCAGGGCCCCCGGAGCCAGAGGGACCCUGGCGUCCUGGCACUGAAUGGGGCGGGACGGGGAGAGAGGGGCCAGCUGGGCCGAGACGAGAAACAUGUGGACGUGAAGGAACUGGAGCAAUUGUUCCCUUCGGCUGGGGCAGCGGGGCAGCCGGACCCCAGACCUAAGCCCAGACCCACGGAUCCUGCGGCCCCCGGCCUGUGUGAGGAGACCCAGUUCUCCAUGCUGCCGCUUCAGGGGUUCGGCCUUCUGGAGGAGAUGACAUCGGAGGCCAAGGCCCCCUGCGCAGGCCCUGCGGCUGCCCCGCCACCCCAGGAUGUAGGCCCAGCCCUCCUUAGUGAAGAGCAGGCUACCUGGCCUUCCACAGCACCAGCGGCCCCGCCAGCUCACUAAGAACAGUAGCCUGUGUCUGGCAGGCUCUGGAGGGGGCAACCCCCAUUCUCAGGUCAAAGGCAAGAUAUCUCCUGUCAUGUGGGAUUCGGAUGGGGGCUUCCCAGCAUUUCUGUCCUGACUGCCCCUCAGGGUAUCAAGACCUAAAGUAGCCUCGGCAGGGAACCCUCCAAGCACCUGGAGGGGUCCCUGCAGGAGUCCCUCCCUUGGGCUAAUGCCCCCCUCACCUCUGCCUGGUACCCACAUGACUUGGAACUGAACUAAUGUUUUCCUUU